AUAUUCAGUACACAAUUGCACGCCAUGGAUUCACGAAUUGCAGUAGUCUGUGUUGUCUUGGCGGUGUUCGCGGUGGACCAGACGGUCGGAGCGCCGCAAAAAGAUGCUGUAGCCGCAGGUGGUCCCGCCUACACUACCAAGUACGACCAUAUCGAUAUCGACCAAGUUCUGGCUUCCAAAAGAUUAGUCAAUAGCUAUGUCCAAUGUCUGUUGGACAAGAAACCGUGCACACCCGAAGGAGCUGAACUUAGAAAAAUUUUACCUGAUGCUUUAAAAACACAAUGUGUGAAAUGCAAUGCCACACAAAAAAAUGCUGCCCUUAAAGUAAUUGACCGACUCCAGAGAGACUAUGAUAAAGAGUGGAAACAGCUUCUUGACAAAUGGGACCCUAAACGUGAACAAUUCCAGAAAUUCCAACAAUUUUUGGCAGAAGAGAAGAAAAAAGGGGUUGUUAAAUUUUAAACAUAAGUAUAAAUUUACCAAUUAGUAGUUAAUAAUAAUUUAGUUUUAUCUAAUACAUUAGAAUGCAGUACCUAUAUAUGCACUAUUUAUCAAACGUAUACAAUAAUAAUAAAAAAUAUCAUUACUUAGUUA